AUGUCCGCCGCAGUUGCUGCCGCGUUGGAUACGCUGAAGGCCCCCAAAAAGAAGCGCACAAUCAAGCAGAAAAUCGAAGAUUGGGAGCUAGGCAAGGACAAUGAGUUUACCAUCCUGUGAUUCGUCAAAGCUGUUGAGCUUCUCAAGAAGACGGCCAACUUUAGAUGGCACAGCAAGUCAUACCAGACUAAUCAGGACAGAUGUUUAAGGGAUUAUCGCAAGGCAAUGGCUGUAUUUUUUCAUGCUUAGGAAUUGGCCGGCAUCAUUAUUCAGCCUGGUGCUGCUUCGGACGUCAACGAUGCUCUGAUCUUUCCAGUAGAUCUUACACAGCUAGUAGAAAAUGUCUGCACGUAAGUUUUUGAUUAAUUUUCAACUCUGCCGACUCUGCCUGACGCUUAUAGCUUCAUCAUUCUCAUGGCGAGGAAUAUCAAAGGCGAUGAAGAGAAACCUAGAAUAAGUUCAGCAUUUAAACUAAGAGAUCAUCUCUGGUACUGGCUGACCAAAUCGCCUCUGCUGCUACCUACCCCAGAGAAGACGCUGUCCUGGAGACGCACAUUGGAGACAAUACGGGGCUUGAAAGAAGCGAAUGCAUUUGAGUUGGUGACCAAGAAAAAGGUUUACUUGGGCCUGUCCGAGUUGAUUCAAUUGGUCGAAUUCGAUGUAUGUACUCGCACGCCCCUGACCUGAAAUGCAUUCCUAACACUUCCUUAGUUGUUGCAAACCCCGAGUAUUGAACUAGCUGAGCAACACCACCUCGCGUGGUUGUUUGGGUUUCAGGCUGGCUCUCGCCCUGGUGCACUCGUGGGAAAUAAAAGUAGGUGUUUCCUGGAUACAUGUUUCUUUCUACGUGCGAUACUGAUUUAGACCUAUCCUUUAGUGAAGCAAGAAAAUCUACUUGGGCAAGACCUGACCUUUAGUCGUGAACUUGAUACGAUUGGCGUGUGGCAGGGAAAGUUUACAUUGGUAGUUAUCUUUCGAAAUAUCAAAGAUUCUACAGGUACCUUAGGCGUAACGGCAUAUUCAGUAUAUCGUACAAAUGCAAUUAACAAAUAGCAUAGAAGACACAGGCAAAAACGACUUUCAACCAUCCUUGGAGGUCACGAUUGGUUGCCCGACUACUAAACCUGAACUGUCAAUCCCGCGUAGGCUUCUAGUUAUACUAAUACGCCGAAAACUACUCAAGUUCCGCGACUCUAUCGAAUAUUUGAUGUCAGGGCGGGAGAAGAAUAUUACAAUGAAGCCGGAGGUUAAGAGGUCCGUAGCCCUAGAUUCAAGUUCUCUCCCUAAGUGUGCUACCCUUAGAAUUUUGCACAGCCUGCCAGUCUUCCUAGCUGGACGAGCUAGAGGCCUUGGUUUAAACAAAGAUGUAGCAACAUCACGUACCUUUAACAACUACUUAAAGAUUCGUGUUCAAUAGCUCGGAUACCCGUCUAAUACUGUGUUUUAUUCAUGGAGAGCCAAGUUUGGUACGAAUGUUGAACAAGUGUACGGCAGAGAUACGGCCCGACAAGCAAUGGGCCAUUCGCCCGACACAAGUACGCUUGAGAGGUACUACCUCCAAGGACAGUAUGCUGUGAACACAGCCGCUACCCUCAUUGACGGUGUUGCCCCUGUUAAGGCUAUAUCCGAAAACCAGACGUCCCCUAGUAUUCAACGUAGCGAACAUCAAUGCUUAUGCCGAGAGCGGAAUGCCCUAAUCGAAGAUUUUGUCAAUCGUGACGAAGAUGUUCUUUCUGCCCAAGCAACCGGAGACUACCACCAGCUUGUAUGUGCUCAGAGACGCGUAAGAAAAGUUGCUCUACGUGUAGCGUUAGCUAUAGAGCAAAGUCUUCAAAACGAGACUGGAGGAGUUCAUGUAUUCAAGAAACGAAUUGAAGAACUUAACAAACCAGGAAUAUUUGCACAAUUGGUUCGAGAAUAG